CAUCGCACGAGCUAGUACAACCAUAGACAUCCAUCAAAAUGGCUUCAAGAAACGCCGCAGUAUUCCUCGUCGGGCUGCUCCUCUCGUGCGUCGCCAUGAGCAGCGGGGCAAGAAUCCUGGAGGAGGAGGCGACUACGUCCAAAGGCGAGGAGCACCUGCCGGAUCUGCCAACGCUGCCCAAGGUCGAGCUACCGCCAUUCCCGGAGGUGCAUCUGCCACCUAAGCCAGAGCUGCCCAAGGUGGAGCUGCCGACGUUCCCGGAGGUGCACCUGCCACCCAAGCCAGAGCUGCCAACGUUCCCGGAGGUGCAUCUUCCAGCCAAGCCGGAACUGCCCAAGGUGGAGCUGCCACCUAAGCCUGAGAUGCCCGCCAUCCCCGAGUUCCACUUCCCGCAGCCAGAGACUAAGCCAUGAAGAUUGUCUUCGGUUGUCUUCUCUUUGCUUGUGCUCCUACAUGCCCCUGUUGGUCCUGUUGUGUAUUUCGUGUGGUUGUGUAGUUUGGAUUUUGGGCGAGUCAUUUGUGUGAUGUGAAGCGCUUACCUAUGGCGUCUACCCCCUUCGUUCCUAAAUAUAAUUUUUUCUUAAAGAUUUUACAAAGAGACUAUAUACAAAAUAAAAUGAGUGAAUCUAUACUUUAAA